ACCAGACACAGCAACCACCUCCAAAAGCCCAUAGAGAACCCGCCAUGCAUCUCAUGUACACCACCGGAUCUGACGGCAAGCGUCAGUACACACUGAAGAAGACGACCGCGACCGGGCUGAUCACCAAGUCCGCGCACCCGGCCCGGUUUUCGCCCGAUGACAAGUACUCGCGGCAGCGAGUUACUUUGAAGAAGAGAUUUGGUCUUUUGCUCACUCAGCAGGGUAUGUAGCUUACUCUGUAUUGCUUCUUUUAUUUAGUGGUUUGGGUGGGUUUGUGCUAACGACGGUUUGAAUACUCUAGCGGAGAUGAAAUAUUAAACACGGAGGCAGUUUUUGAAAGCCAUCGAGGCGUUGUACGAUAUCAAGACGGCAGAUGAGUUGGGAGUCAAAAAUAUACACAAAGAAUCAGGCUUGUCUUUUCUCUGAAUGUAUUGCAAGAUCAGAGAAGGAUUCGAGAACUUGGUGGCAUGAGUUGUGACUUGUGUCGCGAGGCAGAUGGAUAUUGGAUCUUGUAUUUAUGCACUAGUAUUUGCAAAUAGGAAUUUCAUCAGGCUACAAAACACCAUUACGCGAUAUAUAGAUU